AAUAGGUUUUAUUCUGAACGAGAACAAAGGAAACAGUAUGUUUAUUUCAUUUGCUUAAUUGUGCUUCCGACCUCAGCAACUAUCAAAAUCCAGACAUGGAGUCACAGGUGGUGACCAACCCAGAAGAGAUCGCUAGGCUCUACAGACAGCUCAGCCUCUUCCCCUCACUAAACAGAGCAGACGUGGGACCUGUUAUUACAUCUCAGUAUGGAGGCAAAUACAGCAACAUCUACACAGAAUGGAGCCAGCGUGAUCUGGAGAGGAAUGAAAAUGUCAAGUUUUGUAAGCAGUACAUUGUGUUCCACGAUGACAAGUCAGUGGUCUUUUCAGCACCAUCCGGGAACUGCACAGAGGUUCAAGGAGUGUUGCUAAGUAAAGACGCCCCUUCUGGAGAAAUGAAAGCUGUUGUAAGAAAAAGCACUGUAAAGGGGGAGGAGAAUCAGUUUUUGGAGAUCUGGAGUAAAAACAUAAAAAUAAAAUGCAUCAAUCUCACAGCUCUAAAGAAGCAUGGAAAUGUUUAUGAAGAUGAGCAUUUUGGUUGCUUGGUCUGGUCCCAUUCUGAGACUCACCUCCUCUACGUGGCUGAGAAAAAGCGGCCCAAGUCAGAGUCUUUCUUUCAGACGGAGUCUUCAACAUUACCUUCUACUGUGGAUGAAGAUGAGACUUUGAGAUCCGAGAAAAAAGAAGCUGUCAAAGGAGAGCAGUUUGUCUUCCAUGAAGACUGGGGAGAGACGCUGGUUCAUAAAAGCAGCCCGGUGCUCUGUGUUUUGGACAUUGAGGGUAACAAUGUUUCGGUUUUGGAAGGAGUGCCUGAGAACAUCUCGCCAGGACAGGCAUUUUGGGCUCCAGGUGACACAGGUGUGGUGUUUGUCGGAUGGUCUCAUGAGCCUUUCAGGCUCGGACUCAAAUACUCUCCCAACAGGAGGUCAUCUUUGUUUUAUGUGGAUCUCACUGGGGGGAAAUGUGAACAAUUGUCAUCUGGAACGAGUGCAGUGUCUUCUCCGAGGCUGAGCCCCGACCAAUGCCGGAUUGUCUACCAAGAAAAUAGUCUCUACGGACCACACAUGCAGUGUAGCCAACUUUGUAUGUAUGAUUGGUAUACGAAGAAGACCUCAGUCGUGGUAGAUGUGGUGAAGAGACCAGGAGAUGAUGGCUUCACUGGCAUAUAUUGCACUCAGCUGCCUCCUAAAUGCUGGUCAGCUGAUAGUCAGCGAAUUAUUGUUGCUUGUCCUCAGCGCAGCCGCAAGGAGCUGCUGAUGGUGGAUAUAAACACAGGGAGUGUUACCUCUCUUACAUCAAUUAACUGUCUUGGUGAGAAACAUCUAGUAACUGACACUGACAAAGAAUCUGGCAUGGGGGCAUGGUGUCUACUGACUGUCGAAAGGGAUCUGAUAGUGGCAAGCUGCUCCUCUCCAAACUGCCCCCCAAGUCUGAGAGUGGGUUUCCUUCCAAGCAGGGAUUCUGAAGAAGAAGUUGUUUGGAUCACACUGGAGGAAUCUCAGACGUUGCCAGCAAUUGACUGGCAGAUCCUGUCAUUCACCCCUCCCACAGAACAAGACAACAGUCAAUACUCUGGCCUUGACUUUGAAGCAUUACUGAUUAAACCAAAGGAGUUAAAGGAUGGUGUGAAGCUGCCUCUUAUUGUGUUUCCUCACGGGGGUCCACAUUCUGUGAUUGUUGCUGACUGGCUUCUGUCUCCUGCUGUGCUGUGCAGGGUGGGUUUUGCUGUAUUAUUAGUGAACUACCGCGGAUCACUUGGCUUUGGCCAGGACAAUAUCCUCUCAUUGCCUGGCAAUGUUGGCACACAGGACGUCAAAGAUGUUCAAUUUGCUGUUGAAAGUGUUCUCAACGGUGAUGAGUUUGACAAGCAGAAGUUGGCAGUUUAUGGAGGUUCCCAUGGAGGUUUCCUGGCCUGUCAUCUAAUUGGCCAAUAUCCCGGUUACUACAAGGCUUGUGUGGCCCUCAACCCAGUUGUCAAUCUGGCCUCUAUGGUGUGCGGCACGGAUAUCCCUGACUGGUGCAUGUAUGAGGCUGGCUUUGAGUACCCUACAGAUAGUCUUUAUGAACCUGCUGUUUGGGAACAAAUGUUGAACAAGUCUCCAAUCAAACUUACGACACAUGUACAGACACCGGUCUUACUCAUACUCGGAGAAGAUGACAAGCGUGUGCCCCACAAGCAAGGAAUUGAAUAUUACAGGGCUUUGAAAGCAAAAGAAGUGCCUGUCCGUUUGCUGAUGUAUCCUGGGAACAACCACUCCUUGUCCAAUGUGGAUGCUGAGUCUGAUGGCUUCAUGAACACCGUUCUAUGGAUAAUAGAACACUUGUCUGAAUGAUGGUGCUAAUAUGAAAAGACUGGUAUAUUCACUCAAUCAAAAUAUAUAAUACUAACAGAGGUUCUUGUCUGCUUUUGGGAUCUUGUAAAAACAAAGCCAAUAAGUGCUCUGGGACCAGAACACAGCUUUUGACUCUAUCAAUUGUGAUUAAGUCUUCUACAAUGUGUAUGAUUAUUUUUAGUGUCUAAAUGUUACUAAAACUUGAAUAAAGCUUGUUUUAAAUAAUUAUCAUUGUUUUUAUUAAGGGAUUCCUAAUUUCCUGCUGUAAGAUCAAAUCCUUUGCAUUUUAGUAUUUGGAGUGAAACCAGCAGGUUUUAGUGUAAAACUCUCAGGCAUCUAAAGUGUUGGAUGUGUUAAGGCUUUAUUUAAAUAUCCAUUCAAUUCAAAAUCAGUAAAGGCAAUGUAUUAGGUAUUCUUUUUUUUUAUUUUGAAUGUCACCUCUGAUCAAGCUUUUAGCGAUCAUCAUCAUUUAAAUAUACUAGGUCGAAUGUGUUUUGAGAACAACCGUCUCUUUUUGUCCCAAGUAUAACAAUAGGUGCCUUCAAGGGAACCUCCAAUAA